AUGCAAGAGUGCAAACUUUAUUCAAAAGAUCAGAACAGAGGCGGCGUAAGUAUCCAGGUCGAGAACUCUUCCUCUUUCCCUAUUAAAAACCUCGAGGACUGGGAGUAUAAAGUGGACGAUCUCACGGCAAGGUUGCUGAAGGUAUUUGACAGCUACCGUACAGCGCCUCCUGCGGACUCUAAUGACGACCCCAAUCCCAUUGAUCUCACCCUCGACUUCAACAAAUACAUCAAUCUCAUCACAAUUGAAGCCAUUAACAAGAUUUCCCUCUCGGCCAAUCUGGGGUUAAUUGAGCAGGGAACGGAUGAAGUGACGGCGGAAAAAUGGAACGGCAACGCACAUCGAGCUCACUAUCGCCAGACUCAGAAUCAGACAGCACGGGCCCAGGCGACUUUUGCUGGUGAAAAGCUGGACGACUUCUUCUCGUCUCUGAUGCACGACAAGAGCGAGAUUGUCACCGAGGCGGGUGCAAUCAUCACUGCAAGCGCCGAGACGACCGCAAUUGCAAUCACCAACAUGAUGGAGUUGCUGAUCCGACACCCCCCAUCACCUUCACACGCUACGGUUUGA